AUGGGCCUCCUCACCACCGUUGCCGUGCCCAUCGAGCACUUGUUCAACACUCUCCCUGUCUACCAACUCGUCCUCCUCGGCUUCACCGCACUCAUCACCCUCGUCAUCUCUCUCAAUGUCGCUCGUCAAUUACUUUUCAAGGAUAAAAACGCCCCGCCUGUCGUCUUCCACCUCAUCCCAGGCUUGGGAAGCACGAUAUGGUAUGGCAUGGACCCCUUCGAUUUCUUCUUCUCCUGCCGCGAAAAAUACGGCGACGUCUUCACCUUCAUCCUUCUCGGUCGCAAAGUCACCGUCUGCCUGGGCACCACUGGCAACGAGUUCAUUCUCAAUGGGAAACUAAAGGAUGUGAAUGCCGAGGAAGUGUACACCCCCCUGACCACACCCGUCUUCGGCACUGGCGUUGUCUACGACUGUGAAAACUCCAAACUCAUGGAGCAGAAGAAAUUCGUCAAAUUCGGUUUGACCCUCGAGGCUUUCCGAUCCUACGUCGAUUUGAUCUCAAAUGAAACCAAACUCUUCGUGCAGGAGGGAGCACCUUUUCGAGGACCAGCCGGCACAGUGGACAUUGUCCCCGCCAUGGCUGAGUUGACCAUCUAUACGGCCUCCAGAUCUCUCCAGGGGAAAGAAGUCCGAGCCAAAUUCGACUCGAGUUUCGCAGACUUGUACCACGAUCUGGAUAUGGGUUUCAGCCCCAUUAACUUCAUGCUGCCUUGGGCUCCUCUCCCGCAUAACCGGAAACGUGAUAUUGCCAACAAGAAGAUGACUGAGACUUAUAUGGAGAUCAUCAAGGCUCGACGUGCUCAAGGUGGGAAAAAGGAAGGUGAUGAGAAUGACAUGAUCUGGAACUUGAUGAACUGCGUAUACAAGAACGGCACACCAGUCCCCGACGAUGAGGUGGCUCACAUGAUGAUUGCACUGCUUAUGGCCGGUCAACACUCGAGCUCAAGCACCUCAAGUUGGAUUCUGUUGAGAUUGGCCACCAGACCCGACAUUCAAGAAGACUUACUCGAGGAGCAAAAGAGAGUGCUCGGAGAAGACCUACCACCUCUGACAUACGAAUCGAUACAGAAACUAAAACUCAACUCACAGGUCGUCAAGGAGACACUAAGGCUCCAUGCCCCCAUUCACAGCAUAAUGCGCAAAGUCAAAUCUCCCAUGGCCAUCGUAGCCAACACACCAACGACCACCAAGACCUACCAAAUCCCCACAACGCACACACUGAUGUCUGCCCCUGGCGUCACCUCACGCGAAAGCGAAUUCUUCCCGGAGCCUAUGCUUUGGGAACCGCACCGUUGGGACGACGGGCACGAACUCGCCUACACGCGCGAUGGGCUCGACAAGGAAGAAUUCGAGGACUACGGCUACGGCCUCAUCAGCAAGGGCGCCUCAUCGCCGUAUCUCCCCUUCGGCGCCGGCAGACAUCGCUGCAUUGGCGAACAGUUCGCAUACGUUCAGCUCGGCACCGUGCUCGCCCAGAUGGUGCGUGAGAUUAAGCUCACGAGUCCCCCUGGUAGCAAACUUGUCGAAACCGAUUAUUCCAGUCUUUUUAGCAGACCGCUUAAUCCCGCUAUUGCGGAGUUUGAGAAGAGGGGUUUGAAGACGUCGGAGAAGUCGUGA